AUGUCGUCGAUCGAGGUCAAGAUGGAAGAAGGCCCGUCCUCGCGCGUCGUGGACGACGUCGAGAUGGAUGAUGAUCCGAACGUCAAGCGCAGAGGGCGAGGCUUUGAUCCUCGAGGCAAUGGGCCCGCGUCAGACGGUGUCAAGACGGGCAAGUUCGAGUCCCUCACAGAGGCUGAGGCUGACGACAGCGGCGCUCGCGCAGCAAAGUCUGUGGAAGGCUGGGUCGUAGUUGUGACCAACGUGCACGAGGAAGCCACCGAAGAGGAGGUGAUUGACAAGUUUGCGGACUACGGCGAUGUCAAGAGCUGCCACCUCAACCUCGAUAGGCGAACCGGCUAUGUCAAGGGAUAUGCGCUCUUGGAGUUUGCCGAACAAGACGAGGCGCAAGCAGCGAUCCAAGCAUGCACUGACGGACUCACUCUCAUGGAUGAGGAGCUCAAGGCCGACUUUGCAUUCGUCCGACCACCACACAAUGCACCCGCUCCCCGCGGCAACGGAAGCAGGAGGGGCAAUCGCGAUCGUAGCCGCAGCCCAGGCAGCUCCAACCAGACAUACACCGCACACUCAGCCACGAUCGACACCAAGAUGGACGAGGAGAACGUUCAGGCCAUCCCCAACCUGAAGCUGCAGCAGCACCUUUUCCUGCUCGCACAACAUUCCGAACAUCUUCCAGCAUCCACAGCACAGGCUUCGAAGCAGGCGCUGCUCGAGGGAAUCGAGAAGGAUGAGAUGGCGCCAUACUAUCGCCUGAUUCUGGCAGAUGCCUCGCUCAAGGGCCUGGUCAAGGAGGACCAGGCGCUGCUCAAGCGACUCGAAGCCAAGAACAAGGAGGAGCUGCAAAAACUGGACGAAAAGCAGAAGGAGGUGGAGGAGAACGAGGGAGAGAUGGAGAUCAAUGGCGUACUCCGUCAGCGUGCCGCCUACUACGCACAGAUCGGCGACAAGGAGAAGGCUCUGGAGGCACACAACCUUGCGGUGUCCAAGGGCGCCGGAUUGGGCUCCAAGCUGGACCUCACGCUCACCAAGGUGCGCAUCGGGCUGUUCUUUGGCGACACGGACGUGGUAACCGCGUCGAUCGCCGAGGCCAAGAAGCUGGUCGAGGAGGGCGGAGACUGGGAGCGCAGGAAUCGGCUCAAGGUGUACGAGGGCCUGCACCUGCUCUCGAUCCGCGACUUCAAGGCGGGUGGUCAGCUGUUCCUCGACGCGCUCAGCACGUUCACCGCCACCGAGCUGCUCGAGUACAACGACUUUAUCACGCUCACGGUGCUGGCGAAUGCGCUGACGCUCAAGCGCACCGACCUGAAGAAGAAGAUCAUCGACUCGCCCGAGGUGCUGCAGGUGGUGGACGAGAUCCCGCACCUGCGUGCGUUUGUCACGAGCCUGUACGCGUGCGAGUACGGCAACUUUUUCCGUGCGCUUGCGGACGUGGAGCAGACGCACGUCCUCACGUCGCGGGCGCUUCACCAGCACGCGCGAUACUAUGUGCGCGAGAUGCGCAUCAUCGCCUACUCGCAGCUGCUGGAGAGCUACCAGUCGCUGUCGAUCGACAACAUGGCCACCGCGUUCGGGGUGUCGGGCGAGUUUAUCGACAACGAGCUCUCGAGGUUCAUCUCGUCCGGUCGAUUGCCCGCAGUGAUCGACAAGGUACACGGCAUCGUCGAGACGCGCAGGCCAGACCACAAGAACGCCCAGUACUCCAAGAUCAUCAAGGAGGGCGACGUGCUGCUCAACUCGCUGCAAAAACUGUCACGCACUGCAUUGUAG